AUGGAGUGCAACAAAUAUGAGGCCAUACGGGCAAGGUCAAUUGGUCAGCACAAGAUGGAAGAGAAUGAGUUUGAAGCUGCUCCAAAGUUUGUUUUGAAAGCGCAAAGCCUUUACCCAGGACUUGACAGUACUAGCCAGUUGCUAAGCAUCUGUGAUGUUCAGUGUUCAACUCAAAAUAGAUUAGGAUCUGAAAAGGAUUGGUAUGGAAUCCUUCAAGUUGAAAAGCUGGCUGAUGAAUCGAAGAUCAAGAAACAAUAUCGACGGUUGACCCUCAGUCUCCAUCCCGACAAGAACCGAUUUCCUGGAGCCGAGGGUGCUUUUAAGUUGAUUUAUGAAGCGAAUUCAAAGCUUUCAGAUCCCUCGAAGAAAUCUAUAUAUGACAAUAGUAUUAGAUUUUUAGUCAAAUCUGGUUCUGUCAGUUCAGCUUAUCAGCACAGAAACAGUGCUCAAAACAAUGUUUCUAAGGGUUUUAGAAAUCAAAAUCAAAAUCAACCUGCUGCUCAACCAGCAACCUCAGGAUGA